CACCACGCGUUCUGAAGGCGCCCUGUUAGGGCGGUUUGGUCAGACCCCACAGGUUCCGUCGGGGCUCUGCGGUGUCAUGGCCCGGAGCCCCCGGACUGCGCCGAGCUGGGCGCUGUGGCUGCGGCUGCUCGCACUGCUGCGGCCGCCGGGGCUGGGCGAGGCGUGCAGCUGCGCCCCCGCGCACCCCCAGCAGCACGUCUGCCGCUCGGCGCUGGCCAUCCGGGCCAAAAUCUCCAGUGAGAAGGUAGUUCCUGCUAGUGCAGACCCUGCUGACACUCAAAAAAUGAUCCGGUAUGAAAUCAAACAGAUAAAGAUGUUUAAAGGGUUCGAGAAAAUCCAGGAUGUUCAGUAUAUCUACACACCUUUUGAUUCCUCUCUCUGUGGUGUGAAACUAGAAGCCAACAGCCAGAAGCAGUAUCUCUUGACUGGUCAGGUCCUCAACGACGGGAAAGUCUUCAUUCAUCUGUGCAACUACAUUGAGCCCUGGGAGAACCUGUCCUUUUUGCAGAGAGAAAGUCUGAAUCUCCACUACCAUCUAAACUGUGGCUGCCAAAUCACCACCUGCUAUACAGUGCCCUGUGCCAUCUCGGCCCCCAAUGAGUGCCUCUGGACAGACUGGCUAUUAGAACGGAAGCUAUAUGGGUACCAGGCCCAGCAUUAUGUCUGCAUGAAGCAUGUUGAUGGCACCUGCAGCUGGUACUGGGGCCGCCUGCCACUGAAGAAGGAAUUUGUUGAUGUAAUCCACCCCUAGCGGUUACCAGUGACCAUCAUAUUCCUCAAGAGUCCUGAAGACCAAGCCAGCUCUUCCCCACAGAGCACUGGCCACGACUACCUGCCUCAUCAUGGCCAGCCAGUGGGAAAUACCAAGCAGAUGGUCUGGCUAGCCUUAGGGCUGGGUGGGGCAUGUUACAGCCUGUUUCCAACACUCCAGCCCAGCACCUGGCAAGGGCUAAGAGAAGAAGCAUGACUUUCCUAUUCUGCCCUUAGCCCCUCUCUCCUGUCUCCCAAACUUUUUUAGACUAGCUGGUACCUGUUACUGAGAGUUUUUAUACUGGGUUUGUUUUCCAAAGCCAGAACUAUUAUUCCCUUUUCUCCCCAGGAGAAUGUAUCUUCUUCUACCUUAACUGAUCUGAGAGGGGAGAAAUGGUGAAUAUUAUGCACAUGAGAUGGUGUAGACUUGUGAUGUACAGUACUGGAAAGCAGGCUGAUGGUACCAUGAACAGGCUGAUUUGGAAUGAAAAGAACAAGAUACUGUGGCUGUGUAUCCCCUACUCCUAUCUUAGUUCCUCCUAUGCACUUUCACCUGUUUAGGGGAGUAACCUGCAUGGGCGUGGGGUCACUCAGCCUGAGAUCUGCAAUGGCCUAACCUCCCUCCACAUGUUGUAAUACCCUCUCUACCAUUCCUGGCAGAGGGUCUGGCCCAGUUAGCACACCUCUUUAGGAAAGAAUAGACUUGGUGUUGUCUCUCCAGCUUAACUAUACUUAAUGCCUUCAACUGGUGUCCAUAGACUUCUGUCCUGUUUCCUUUUGAAAGCUCUUCUCUACUAGAUUACUAAUGUCUUCAUUCAUACUUAAGAACAUUUUUUAAAGCCAAAAAAAGUCUUUCUCUUGUAAGGAUGAAAUUCCCCUUGAGCUUUUGAGACCUCAGAGAGCGAUCAGGAGGUCCUCUCUUGAAGGCAAAUUUCAGGAUAGAGGACAGGAGAGAAGUAACACAAGGAUCCUUGGGGGAAAAGGACGGCAGAUGGGGAGUAUACUUUGCAACUGUUGCUCUAUUUUCAGUGGUCAGCCCUGCUGGAUGUUAUAGUGAGAAAAUCCAGCUUGUUCCCCAUCCUCUCUUUAGCUCAGUCUCCUCUCCACUGUGUCUUGGACUCCCUGAGAACAUCCAGCACAGACUUCUUAGGGUUCCUCAGCCUCUGGAAGGUUUCCUGGCUUGCCCUAAAAGGGAAAGCCCUACUCUUGAUCUCAAGAAUUUAUUAAGGACAUGGGCUUAAAAUUCCAUAGCCUCUCCCUGAGGAGGCUUUGGCAAACACGAAGGAAGUAAGUACUUUUAAAGGCCUAAGGUUGUUAUUCAUGUUCUAUGUGUGGUUUUCUGAUAAGCAGGGCCAUGCACAACAUGCCAGAAGGUUCCUGAUUCACAGAAAUGGUGCAAACAGACAUUCCUUUUGGAGAAGGGAGUAGGAGGGGGAACAACCAUGAUCUCUGUCCUAGAGUAUAACACUUGGAAUACUAUAGCAAAGAGUCUCUCCACUGGUGAGUUAAGCAGGAUCACCAACUGACCAUGCAGGCUGGGGCAGAGGAUGUGGGGACAGAAGGGAAGAAGGUGGUUAUGCUCAAAGUCACUAUGGAGGAAAAUCAUUAGCAAUAGUCCAACCAAUCAUGCCAUCUCUCUGCUCCUUUUGACAUCCUAGGAUGGCCUCAGAGAAGGCAUAGUGUUAACUUAGACUUAUCACAAUCUAGAGGAAGCCAAGGGGAUGGAAGGGCUGGUGAAUAAUAACAGGAGCAACACCUUACAUCUGAGGGGCACUUCACACCUUUCCAGAAGGCUAUUACUUAAAGAAUCUCACUUAAAUUUUGUAAGUACCAUAUUAGAUUUCCUGGUCAGGAAUAAUUAUGCCCAUUUGGCUUUUGGAUUAGGAGACUGACAUGCAGUGAGGAAAUGUAACUUGUCCAGUGACAGGUUACUGGCAGGGCCAAGACUAGAACCCAAAGCAGUAGGAUCUUCUUGUUGAUCCAUAGGUUUCUUACUUUAUCAGCUUGAUAAGCUGCCCUAGUUUCAGCUCUUCCCUACUCUGUCUCCAGAUUUUGGAGACAACAGGCUAGAAGCUAAAAUCCAGCCCCUCUGGCCCUAUAGAGCAGGUCCGUAAUUCAACCUCAAUGGAGUCUCUGGGGUUAAGACACUGAAGCCCUCCUCAGAGCCCCCUAGACACCAUGUGGCUAAGAUCAGAGUGGAAACAAUACAGAGAUUAAAAUCCCUGCUAAAUCACUUACCAUCUCUUUGUGGUUGGGGUAGUAUGUCUGAUCAAUAAGUGGGAACUUUUCUCCUCCCAAUGUCUUGUAGAUGGCCACCAGCUGGGCAAACUGCAAGAGAGGAACAAACAUUUCAGCUUAUCUAAACAAUUUUGAAACAGAAUUGUUCCAGACAAAACAUCAGUCUAUCAAAUAAAUAUUUAUUGAGUAUUUUCUCUGUUAAGAGCUUUGUGCAAAGCAUUCUGAGGAUAUAAGAGAGUGUACAAUUCCUAUUCUCAAGAAACCUGUGCUUCAGCUAGGGAAGGGGGAGAGAGUAAGCUAAUAUUCAUUCAGUACCUAUUCAAUUUUAAUGAUAUUGCAUUCAAUCCUCUUAUCAAAUUGAUGAACUAGGUGAUUACCAUCUUUAUUUUGCAUAUGACACUCAGAGAAGGAAGGAAAAGUUACCUAAAGUCACAGAGCUGCAGAGAGGUGAAGCCAGGAUUGAAAUUUGGGUCUCUAACUCUAAACUCUUCAUCUCUACAGAUGGCAAGUGGUGAAGCUGGAUAAGUAAGGUGGGGCCAAGUCUUGGAAGUUCAAAUGCUAGGAAAGGAAUGGUAGCUUUUCCCUGUAGGCAGUAUGGAGUCAUUAGAGUUUGAGCAGGAGUUUCACAAAUAAAGUUAUUCUUCAGGAA